GUGGAUUGCUCUGUUAUCUGUAUCUCGUGACCACCACCUUCCUGUUUACUUAUCAUCGCUCUCUGUUACACAAAGGGAAAAGAUUACUCCCCAUCAAAAGUCUCCUGCAGAUCUACACCUACAGUCCAUAAUCUCCUCACGCCGAACAGGCGUCCUGGUCGCUUGGCUAUGAGACUCCAGGAACCAUGAGGGCUUGGCACUGGAUCACAGCCUGCUCUGCGCUGCUCCAUAUCUGGUUGUUAUUGUCGCUGUUUGUGGAUCGCAGUAGCGAGACACCUUUGGAGAAAUGUCGCGGAAAGAAGUCCUGUCAGCCCCCAAGACCCCCUGUGGUUCUCAUACCAGGGGACCUGGGGAACCAGUUGGAGGCGAAGCUGGAUAAACCAAGUGUGGUCCAUUACAUCUGCUACAAGAAGACGGACUCUUUUUUCACUCUGUGGCUCAACCUGGAGUUGCUGGUUCCUGUAGCCAUAGACUGUUGGAUAGACAAUAUAAGGCUGAUCUACAACGGGUCCACACACGCCAGUUCAUCCCCACCAGGUGUAAACAUUCGUGUCCCAGGCUUCGGAAAAACGUUUCCACUAGAGUAUCUGGACCCCAGCAAACACAGUGUUGGUAUGUAUUUCUUUAGUAUCGUACAGGCGCUGGUAGAGUGGGGCUAUACCAGAGAUGAUGAUGUCAGAGGAGCUCCCUAUGAUUGGAGGAGAGCCCCAAAUGAGAAUAAAAAGUUUUUCCUGGCGUUGCAGCAGAUGAUUGAAGAGAUGGCAGAGAAAGCUGGCGAGCCUGUGGUGCUGAUCGCUCACAGCAUGGGCAACAUGUACACAUUAUACUUCCUUAAUCAGCAGCCACAGGCCUGGAAAGACCGAUACAUCAAAGCCUUUGUCUCUCUUGGACCACCAUGGGCAGGGGUGGCCAAGACUCUGCGUGUGCUUACCUCAGGAGAUAACAACCGCAUCCCUGUGAUCAGCCCGUUAAAGAUUCGCUCGCAGCAACGCUCUGCUGUGUCCACCUCAUGGCUGCUCCCCUAUGCCCAUUCUUGGCCAAAAGAUCAGGUCUUGGUUCAAACACCCACCACCAACUACACUGUGCUGGACUACAAACAACUCUUCUCAGACAUUGGUUUUGAAGAUGGCUGGUUAAUGCGGCAGGACACGGAGUCGUUGGUGGCCGAUCUUACACCUCCUGGGGUGGUUGUCCACUGCUUGUAUGGCAGCGGCAUUCCCACCUCUGAGGCCUUCCAUUACUCUGACAAAUUCCCAGAUGUGGAGCCCACAGUGGUGUUUGGUGAUGGCGAUGGGACAGUAAACAUGCUCAGUGCUAUUCAGUGCAAACGUUGGAUGGGAAAGCAAAAGCAGCCUGUUAUGUUAAAAGAACUUCCAGGGAAUGAACAUGUGGACAUGUUAUUGAACGUCACAACAGUGGCUUACAUCAAGAAUGUGCUGUUCUCUCCAUGAUGUAGUGGGUCAGGUUAAGAGGGAGCUGGCGGCUUUAUCCAAACAUAUCAUUAUAAACAUGCUCAACACACACACACACACACACACACACACACACACACACACACACACACACAGACUGUUACAGUUCCUUUGAACCGUCACUGCCAAAAUACUCGCUUGUUACGUCUCUGAAGAGAAACAGUAUUAGGAAUUUUGUAGUACAAUUGCAGAAUUUAAGUUUUAAAUUAUUUAAAAGUUUUAAACGCACAGUGUACUUAUAUCAGGUUAUGUUCUGUCAAGUGAUCACAUAAACCCUUUUCACACAUACGGAAAUCUCCUGAAAAACUCUGGAGAUUAGUCUACCCGGAGGUUCUUUAGGCUAUAUGUGAACACAAGCAGCCGCAUUUUUCUCGCAGACUUUACCCGGAGUUUAUCCGGCCAGACCCCUAGUAUUUUAUCCGCAGAAUAUCCGAGUGAGCUGAUGUCUGAACGUGGCCGCAUAUACUCCGGAGAUUUCAAUUCGAGCCAAUGGGACCCGAGUGACGUUUAUAUAGUGACCGGCUACAGUGUCUGCACGUGACCACUACAAUCUCCGUGCACGUAAUUAAACGGCUGCAUUAUGUUUUCUGUUCGUCAGUAUGUUGUUCUCCUCUCUUUUGUGGAUGUUGUCAUUCCAUUGGAUUACACAUAGCAUUGAUAUAAAGGCAAAUAUUCUCAUUAUAACGUCGUGUAGUGCACUCUGUAGCUACGGCCGCUACUUCCACGUUGUUUAUUUACGUCACGUCUUACCUCGGGAAAUCACCCGACCCCCCUCCCCUCUGACAGGGAAAGUCCCCCGCUGUGAGGAGCAUAUGUGAACGGCUAGGUCAGGAGAAUCUCCGGAGAAGUCCUCCUGUAAAUAUCUAGAUAUUAUCCGGAGUGCAUAUGUGAAAACGGCUAUACAAAUGGAUUUUUUUAUAUUCGUAUCAGUGAUGAAGUCCCAAGGAUUAGCCUACUAUACCUUCAGUAUGUAAUUGAGUGUUCAAGUUAAAAGCCACAGAAAGGA